AAUUGACCCCUCGCCAUUUGCACUCGCCUCUCUCUAGAAGCAACACCCCAACCACCUCCCGCUACCUCUCUCUCUUCUCCCUCUCUCGUAUGUAUGUGGUGGAUGAUAUUCUUGUGCAUUGAUGGCUCUUUGAUUCAUUUUGGUUUUGAGGCUUUGAUGAUCUCUGGGUUGUAGCAAAUUUAAGGUUGAAUUAUGGUUACCCUUACAAGCAGAUGAAAACGUGACAAUGGGUUGCUUGUGACCGAGCAUUGAUUUCUGGAAGAAAUCUACAGAACCAGAAAUGGGCAGAAAGAAAAGAGUACGAUUUGCAGAUGUCAACACUGGCUCUACCUCAAAUUACAAGUCUCAUGAUUCCUCAACAAUUGCUAAUCGUACACAUGCACUGGAGUUUGAAAAGCCUAAGACUUCUGAGUACAGUUUCUAUAAACGAUUAUGCAGAGAUGCUGAGCAAAAUCUUCAUAGUUAUGGGCAACAAAUAAAGUGCAAAGCUCAACUGGGUUCAAACAUAUCUAAAUCUAUUGCAGAGCAAAAUGAUAAUAUCAGACACAAGCAUGAGGUCCUCAGGCCCUUGUCCCUCAUAGAAAAUGUUGCAGCCUUUGACCCAAUUUCUCCUCUCCUGAAAGAUGUGGAAGGUCCUAGAAAAUCAGGUCUGCAAUAUGAGCAAGGGAAGAUCUUCUCAGAAACAAGACAUAGAUUGCUUAAAUUAGCAACAGAGACAUUGUCCCUUGGGGUAGAUGUCUUGGUUUCUCGGCGAUCCAAGUUGAUUUCGGAGUUCCUUGGGAGAUUGAGUAUCCAAAACAAAUGUGGCACUUCCGCAUUGUCAAGGAAGAUGACUCGAACCAUUACUUUGGGAUUUGAUUCUUCAUAUUCAAAUAUGAGCAUUGAAGAACUGCCUCCGUCUCCAGGCCCGAACCUUGAGCCACAAAGCUCCAAAAUGUCUUAUCAUUGUGGGAUGUUGGAUCUGCAUAGUGGCUCCUCUGAGAUUGACAUUCCCCUUUUGCCUUGGGAUACUGAUGAUUCCCUUCAACACAACAGUAAGCUCCACGAACUAAGUUGUGAUAUUGAAAGAAGCCCAUAUGCCUCUUCAGCCUUGGAUAUCGAACACCUCUGCAACUUCAGGCCCAAAGAUAUGAAAAUGGGUGCUCACUCUGCAAGAAAACUGCUUGAUUCAACUGAAACAGAACCUUUUGCAGAUCACAACUUGAGUUUUAAUGAUAAGUUUGAUAAAACUCCUUCAUGUUCUCUUUCCCAACUUCCUAUCAUAACUCCCCCUCUCACUUCUCACAAAUUUCUGGACGGACAGUCACCACAAAAUUUCCAUUUUCGAAAUGCCUUACCAACCUCCCAUAUCUUCAGGCAUAAUAGAUCUUGUUCUUUUCCCCCAAGACAUGACUUUGAAGAACGAGGAAUCGACCCUUUCAAUAUGAACAUCUCUCGUCCAUUUAGUGACAGUCUUAGUGAGAAAUAUGCGGAUAAUCUCCACCAAUGCUGUGAAUGGUUUUGUUGCCCGUUAUCACUGCCUGCUCUUUUGGUUGAGAGCUUCGAUGUCUCAGAUCAAAGAAAGCAGCCAAAAUUGCGUCAUUUUCCAUUUGCUCAAGGUGUAGAAAGAUGCUUUGCAUUUCCAGGCUUCGAUGGAGUAUGGGAUAAGGUUGCAGGUGAUAAUCUGGAGGCCCAUGGUACUUCAUCAUUCCAUCACUCUGAGAAGCUGUUUUUGGAAGGGCCUGGAACAAAACCUAUAAGUCCAUUGUUGAGGUGGGAUUCAUUUCCUGAUAGAACUUCUGAGAGAAAGGAAACAUUAUGGCCAUUGCUAUUGGAUGCACCUGUCUAUGGUGAUUCUGGAGAAGGAAGUUUCAGUGAGAGAUGAAUUUUUUUUUUUUUCAUUCUAUGUUUCAUUGGCUGUUCCUAUGUAUCCAAUCUUUCAGUAGAAGUCAGCAAGUUUCAGUGAUUCAUGAUCUCUGCGGAUUGUUCUCAUGCCUCAAUCUUUCUGUAAAUUUCAGUAAGUUCUCAGAGAUGCAUGGACUUCAGUGGGUUUUUGUGGUG